AUGUCGAAUGAAAAUUUAUCUCCCAAUAGUAGUAACCCCGAUCUUAGUAAAUUGCAUAACGAUGAGGGUGGAGCUAUUGAUACGAGCAAAUUCUCGCCCAACGAAAUGAAAUUAUACAAAAUGUAUGGAAAGUUGCCAUCAAAAAAAGAUAUUUUUAAACAUACCAUGCAGAAAAGAAAAUAUUUCGACAGCGGUGAUUACGCUUUACAGAAAGCAGGUAUUCAGAAUAAUGAUCCAAUAAAUUAUGGGAAAAACAACCUACCAUUGACAAACCCUAGCAAAUUACGAGAAGAUAUAAUAAGAAGAAGGAUAAGCACUUGUCCGUCGACUGCGUCAACCGCUGGAGUAGUAGACAAUGCGACGUUGAUACAAAAGGAGGGAAGUAUAUCGAGUGGACCACCAUCAUCUAAUAACGGCGCCAUUGGAGGUAGUAGUACGAGUUCAACACCAGUCGGUAACCAUAGCUCUUCGUCUUCUAGUUUAUAUACUGAAUCACCCAUUAGAUAA